AUCUUAUUACUAUGCGCUGAAAUUUGAGAACAGACACGUUAAAGUUUAGUGUAAGAUUGUGUAUGUAUUUUAAACUUAUCUUAUCAGAAUAUUACGAGUCACUGCUCAUUUACAAGGCAUUAGUUAUUUAUAGAUAUUGAAGUAAACUCGUAUCGAAUUCAGGUUAAAUUUAUUAACUAUUUGGUAAUCUAUGGAUUGGAUAUUAUAAGUAUGCAUUAAAGUAAUAUUCGUUAGAUUCCGGAUCUUUGUUACGUGUUGCCGAACUUGAAAGGCCUUGAUAGUAUAAUUAUGUGUUAAGCUGGCGAUAAGUUGUGCUUAUUAUUUGAAUAUUACCCCGAGCGCUUUCGGUGUUUAAAAGAGCAAAACCCCUUUUACUUACAAGGGUAACAAGGGUAACAUUAGGACAGAAAAAACGUUAUUGACAUUGCGUUUCCAAUAAGAAAUCGUAAGUUUUACUAUCGCACUAAAAUUUCUUUAGAUGAACUUGUGGAUACAGUUCAACAGAUGCAGAUUUUAUACAAACUUAAUGAAAGUGGACAGUGGAUUAGCAUUGAAAGUGGAAUCUUACAGACAAGUUCUAAUAUACUAGUAUUCUAAUAUUAGAAAGAUGUCGGACAACAUUGAAAAUACAAAUAAUUACUUGCGACUGUUUUCCAUGUAUCUUGACCUUGGUACGGACACGCUUCUUAGCCUGUUCUUGAACUUAAUAUCUGAUGACGGACACGAAGAUGUAUCAUCUUUCCUUCAUGACAGAACGAACAUCCGUAUCUUGUCUGAACUAAAAAAGCAGGGUGCUCUUAAUCUGAAUGAAUUCAUCUUAGUCACAGCAGCUGACCCAGUUCCGCAGAAGUUUGAUAUCACUCUCCUGAUUAAACUUAUAACUAACUUAUUUAGUAGUAUCGUUUCUAUUCCGGUCAAAACGCCUCAACCAAAGGAUUAUUCAGUAGGUGCAGAUCUGUACCGCUUGAGAAAGGUUCGAAAUAAGCUUGUUCACCAUCCUCUCGCUCAGAUGCCACUUGAAAGGUUUAAUUAUCUAUGGGAUAAAAUAUCGACUACAUUGUUGAGGGUUGCGCAACAAAUAAGCGCUGAUGUGAAAGAGGCUUUGCAAGAAAAGAUUUCUAAAUACAUACAUUCAACACUAGAUAAGGACGACGCUGCAAUAAAAUCAAAGUUACAUAAGUUACAAGAAUGGAAACGAGAAGUUGAAGUGUUGAAAGAAAAGACAGACGAUUUAAUCAAGAAUUUAAAUGGUUUUGAGUUACUACUGAAACAAACACCAAAGCGAUACAUACGUUAUAUCAAACUUCUCUUUGAUGGCGGCAAGCUUGUACUUCUGGGGGUUCUUGAUCGGGAAUGCGAACGUGCACAGAAGACGCUCUCAGAUGUCCUCCGCCAAAACCAAGAAGCAUUUUUAAACAAAAUGACAGACACAGAAGACAUAAACAAACUUUUGCCACCAGAAAGAAGCGAAGCAGAUCCAUCUACAUGGGACGUUUCCAUAAUUGCAUCUGUAAUUCUGAUUUCUUUUCCCGAUUUAAAUUUGGAUGAAGUUACAAAAAUUGAAAGGAUAAGGGACGCUAGAAAUCAGUAUGCUGUAACAGCAUUAUCCUUGGUGGCCCAGGAGAGUGAUGAUUUAUUUGAGCAGUCAGCAGUUUUAAUACAUAGCCUGACAUCACUUUCGGCAGAUCUUAAACUGCAAACUAGACAAAAGUUGGAUCUCAUGAUACGACAAUACCCAAAAUUGGAGGUACACGAAGAUGACACAAUAGAUAAACAUUUGAACGAAUUGGGAAAGCAUGGUGGUAACAUCAAAAGCAUUGAAGAUCUGUAUAAAGAGCAUAUGGAUCAACUGAGAAAUACUUUACGGGAAAUGAAUGAGCAUGGUAUACACUUCCAAACUCCACACGAAAUUCAAAUAAAAAUAGUCACAGUGUGUGAAGAAGAGGAAACGAAAAGAAAUGCUGAGGAUACACUAGAAAAGGUUUACAGUACUGCUCUUGUAAAUGAUGGAGUCAAUACAAGCCUUUCACCAUCUAAUCAUCUGGAUAAAGAAGUUGAAACGCUGAUAAGACGCUUUUCAUGCCAUCCUGACGUUACAGCGUCUGGAAUCAAAAGGAAUUGUAUAACACUUUUCCUGUCUUGCUCAUCGUGUCAAGGAAUUCUGCAUGUGAUAGACUAUAUAGGUAGUCAGCAUUUUGAUAAAAUACAAAGCAGAAUUUCAGAUGAAUUAUCCUACAUGUAUGGAGAGGCUUUCGCAGUGCGGGGAAAUAUCCCUUUAGAAAGCAUAUGUGGCGUGUUAAAAGAUCCACGCAACGAAAGAGGUCAAAUAGAAGGUGGAUUGAGUCUUGCCAUUGAAUGUUCGUCCUCAGAAGGAAUUCGGCAUGUACUAUCUUUGCUUGGUGACAAUGAAACGACGAACAGUUUCAAUCACAUUUCCGAUAUGUUGACUUCAAAGUAUGAUAAGAAAGUAUCUGUACAGGGUUUCGCAGAUUUGAAAGGGCUUUCGGAUCUAUAUGAAGGAACAGAUACCGACACAUCUGACUCCUUAAAAGAUCUUGACGAAGAUGGCCGGCUGUGCGCGCAAAAUAUAACUGACGUCGAAGAUAUUGUUACGCCGACGUAUUUGGAAAAUGAAUCACAGACACUUAGAGAAAGUAGGAGUGAAAAAGAUAGCGUACGUACAGAGCAGAGAAUUGUGGAAGACUCACAGUCAGAUAAGAAGCCGAAUCCAGAACAUGAGUUCAGCAAAGAAGAAGAUGGAGUUUUAACCGAAACUGAAUUGCAGUACCAAGAUGAAGACGUCCAGAUGGGUACAGGAACCAUCGAAGAAGACGAAUCGCAAUUUAGCACG